GGGCAACCGAUCAUCAAAAUCUCUCUUAAAGACUUAAACCCUCAAAAUCCUAAAAUCCCACUUUUCAUUUCGCCUAGUGUUUUGCUCUGAUCAUUCUCAAGUAAGUACCCAUUGAUUUUGGAUUCUCUAAUCGCAAAUUGAGUCUCUGGAAAACCCUACAAAACCCCUUAUCAAGCAGAAAUGUAUUGUUCAAAUCUUACUUCAUGGCUCUCUUCAAGGCCGUCAAUUUAUAGUGCAAAUUCGCAUCAAUUUAGCGAUAUCCCAUUUGUCCGGUUGUCUCUAAUGUCUCCUGCAAACAAUCGUUCUCAAUCUUCAUCGCCAUUUUCCCGGAUUCAUUGCCGGCUCCGUCAACUUAGAAAUCGAAUUGAUUCGGUGAAAAACACUCAGAAAAUCACAGAAGCAAUGAAACUGGUGGCUGCUGCAAAGGUCCGGCGAGCUCAAGAGGCUGUCAUCAGUGGUAGACCCUUUGCUAUGGCUGUCGUUGAUUUUCUUUACUCCUUAUAUGAACAGCUCCAAUUUGAAGAUAUUGACUCUCCUUUAAUGGAUGUUAGGCUCGUUAACAAAGUAGCUCUUGUUGUCAUUACUGGUGAUAGAGGUCUUUGUGGUGGUUUUAACAAUGCAGUGAUCAAUAGGGCUGAGUCCCGGAUGGCAGAAUUGAAAGGUUUUGGAGUGGAUUACACUGUGAUUAGUAUAGGAGAAAAGGGUAACUCCUAUUUUAGGCGAAGAGAUAAUGUUUCGGUUGAUAGGUUUAUUGAAGGAGGGGGAUUUCCUACCGCAAAAGAGGCUCAGAUAAUAGCUGAUUAUGUUUAUUCAUUAUUUGUUAGUGAAGAGGUUGAUAAGGUUGAGCUUGUAUAUACCAAGUUUAUGUCUUUUGUUAGGUCUGAUCCUGUCAUUCAAACUUUGCUUCCAUUAUCCAUGAAAGGAGAGAUCCAGGAUAUGAAUGGUAAUUGUGUUGAUGCUGUGGAGGAUGAGUUGUUUAGAUUGACAACCAAAGAAGGGAAGCUGACAGUGGAGAGAGAUAGAGUAAGUACAAAAAGGGAAGGAAUUUCUCCUCUUAUAGAGUUUGAACAAGAUCCUAUUCUAAUUCUUGAUGCCAUGAUGCCUCUUUAUCUAAAUAGUCAGAUUUUGAGGGCGCUGCAUGAAUCAUUGGCAAGUGAGCUUUCGUCAAGGAUGAAUGCAAUGAAAACAGCAACGGAUAAUGCAGUCGAAUUGAGGAAAAAUCUUUUAACUACCUAUAACCGGGAAAGACAAGCGAAGAUCACUGGUGAGAUUUUAGAGAUUGUUGCUGGCGCUGAUGCACUUAAUGUGGAUUGAUUAAUUUCUGGCUCUUCAUUCUUGUAACUUGACUGUCCUUUUACUUAUAGCUCUUAAUCAUUGAAUCAUUUGUGGUUGACCUCAAAAUGUUAGUUUUGAGACGCAGGGUUUCACGAUUAUAAUGUAGCUUGAGUUAGCCAUUUUUGAACUGAGUGUGGAAGAUUUUUACCCCUUUGCCUCAUGUUAUACACUCUGUGUUCAAUAAAAAGGAAUAAGUGUC